AUGGAAAGACCACCUACUGCAUCUGGUCGCCCAAAAACUUCAUCAGGUCGUGCUCCAUCUGCUAAAAGUAGACCAAAUCCACAACCACCUUCGGGAAAUGGUAAGUGAAAAAAUUUACAAUAAUUAUUUAGUGUUCAAAAAAUACUUAUAAUUAUUUUUCAAUUUAUUUUGAAAAUAUAAUUCAGUUGAAGGAUAAUUAUUAAAUUUUCAGUGUCUAAAAUAGCUAUGGAAACUAUCCAAUAAUUUUGAAAAGUUCAAACCAAUUCAGGGAAUGUUAACACUGGAAUCCAGCGACCUCCAUCCAGAUUAACAAUGUCUCGAAUGGGUGGUGCACCCCCUUCAAAUCCUAAUCCACAACCUCAACAAUCUGCACCGCCACCAUCAUCUUCAAUGGGUGGUCGACCACCGAGUCAAGCAAUCCGAGCCCCUCCCACAUCAGGAGGAAUUCGUCCAACUACGGGAAUGGCGAGACCACCUUCUAGUAGUAUUCGACCAGCAACUCAGCAAGGAUUGCGAGCACCGGGAAGUCGAAUGGGAACUGCUAGUUCUAGACAGGUUUUCGAUAAAACAUAUUUCAUGGGAGUUUUGAGAGCGAAAAUUAACAUGUUGAAUGUGGAAAUUGCGAGAAUGCGCGAAAGAAAAGAAAAAGGUGAAAAAGAUCGAAAUGAACUACAUGCUUAUGAAUCAAGAGCACAGGCACAAGCAUUGGAAAUAAGAGAUUUACAAGGACAACUGGUUGAUUUGAAUGUGGUAAGUUAUCCCCGGAUUUUUCAAUCGGAUUUUUUUCGGAAUCUAAAAGAUCUCGAGAAAUACCCCGGAAGUUGUUCCGAUCUCAUGUUAAUCUAUCUUUGGAACCCUGUUGAUUCUAGAACUUCAGAAUUCCCACUAGCCCGUAUUCGGAAUUCUAAUAAAAAUGAAUGUUUUAGCUUCUUGAUCGAAUGCAUAUGAAUGGUGAUAUGACAGAUAUUGAAAUCGAAGCAACAAAAUUGAAAGAAAAAGCUGACGAACUACAAGGUGAAUUGGACGAAAUGUUCCAAGUUCGACAAGAAAAAGAAGAAGAAGCCCAAAACUUACAAAUGGAAGUUGAAGAGCAGAAAAAAUUGAAUGAAGCAGUGACGUCAGCAAUGGUGAGAAUUCUUUUUCCUGAAAAUAUAACAAAUAAAAUAAUUUCAGGAACCAUCAGAAAAAGAAAGAUUUGAAGAUUUAAGAGCUGAAAGUGUUAUUUUGAGAGAAAGAGUUGCUGAGAUGGAAAAAAUCAUCGAAGAAAUGGAUGAACAAAUUGCAAAAUAUGAAAUGGAAUUGGAAAGUAAUCCGAUGAAGAAAAAGGCUAUGGCUUUGCAAGAAACAUUGGAUGGAAUGAAAAAAAUUGAAAAACAAUUACUCGAUGAUAAAAACAGUCAGGUACAAAAUACAAAAGAGUAGAGCAUUUUUCUGUCGGCAACAGCUUGUAGGUCAAAUUUUUUUGCGAGUUUAGAAAUGAAACAUUUUCGAAAAAUGUUCUUUGAAUCGUAUAAAUUUCAAAUUUUCUAGUAAUUUGGUGAUAGUAACAAAAUGAAUUUCUAAAACAACCAUUUUUUUAUUCAGGAAACCCCAGAACAAAGAAAGGAAAAAUUGAUUGAAUCAAUGAAACAAUUGAACUUGGAUAUAGGAGUUAUUGACAAACAAUGUGAACAAGUAAAAGAACAAGUAUCACAGGCUUCUGAAGAGUUACAUGAAUAUGAAUCUAUGGACGAUUCUCAACACGGUAAUAAUAAUCCAUUUGUUGAAUUAAAUAAUUAUUCUUAUUCUAGUGAAACAUCAUGCGCAAUAUCUGGAUCUUCUUUCAAAAGAUCAUCAAAUCGAAGAUCUUCUUCAAACAUAUCCGAAAGAAAUGCCAUUACUGCAACAAGAAUUAGAAGAAUAUGCAAAUGCUAUUGUAUUGAAUCUUCGUAAAAUAUCAGCAAACUUGAGAAAAGUGAAUAUUGAUGAUCAAAUAAAUGAUAUGGAUGAAGGAGGUCUUGAUUUGAACACAGGAAAUAUUGCUGAAUUGAAAGAAAGUGAGUUUGAAAUUCGUAUUCCUUAUUCUUAUCGCUAGAAAAUUUAAACUUCACAAUUCGUUUAAAAUUUCAGUGCAUGUUAGACUUCAAAAUGAAUUAAUUUCUUUGGAAGAUAUGGAUAUGGCAAUAAAUCAACAAACUGAUCAAUUGAAUGAAAAAAAGAUACAAAUCGAAAAAGAAAUAAAAGAACAACAAAGGAUUAUGGAUAUGGAUGAUGAAACAUAUUUCAAAGUGAGAGAAACUUAUUUAUUUUUCGCCAACAAAAAAUUACUAUGAGUUUCAGGAACUGGAAACUCGAGAAAAUCAACUCGAACAACAAUUGCCUGAAGUUGAAGGCGAAUUCAAAAAACUACAGAUGGAAUAUAAUAAUAUUCGAAGUUCAAUGGAAACACCAAAAAACCAGAUGAAAUUAAAGAAGUUUCACAAAAUUCGCGAAAUCAAAGAGCGAAGUAAAAUGAAAGAAAAUGAAAUGAAAAUGUCACGCGAAAGUUUCGAUUAUUUGCCAAUUAAAGAAGAAGCAACUCGAUUACGAUUGGAAUUUAAUCAGAUUCUCAUUGAAAACGCCGGAAAACGAUUUUUGUGA